UGCAGAAGGUACGACGCUCUGAAGCACCCACCACCAAAGGCUGUAAUCCAAGUUAAAAAGGAUCAAUGGCCUGUCUUUUAUGACACGGGCGUGUGGUAAGAGCUUGAGAACUGUAUGUGGUGGAAAGAAUUCGCCCGAGAAUUAUUUUCUGCGUCCACAUUAAUCCGCCGUUUUCAGGGGAAUUGAUACUGCCAAGUUUGCUGGCAGGAGCUCAGUCGUUUGCAGCUGUAGUGGCCCUUGUGGUUAGGCAGUUGAGUUAGACGUCCAAGCAGGUUGAAACACUCAGGAAAAGGGCACUGGACGUGUGAACCCUGGCUAUAGGUAUCAUAGGUCAUACAGACCAUUGGAACAGGCCAUCUACCCUGAGCAGGCUUUUCCCUUAACUACAAGGGAGUCUACUCGAAUAGUUGGAACAUAAAAGAUUUAUCUCAACAAAGGCAGACAAUUUGAAUACCAAAUACUACUUGGUGAGGGAAACUAUAGUAGUGAGCUCUUUGUCAGAAGUGUCUUCGCAUGAUUGGGUAAGGUCUCUUCUGCCAGUGGAGCAAGACACAAAAAUUGACAACGGACGGAAGUUGUCCAUCCGGUGAAAAGGGAGUGCAACCACCGGUGCGUCUCGGCCAUUGAUGUUGUUUUCGCUCAGGAAUUUUUAACUGAACAUUUCACAAUGCAUGACUGGUACAGAUUAUGUGUGCUGCUGCUGACACUUGUGUCAGCUGUGGUAGGGCAGACAAACCAAGCCCUUUCCUGCGAGGAAGGUAGCUGCUACACAGGAAACCUCCUGGUUGGUCGCGAAAACAGACUUUCUGCAACGUCUACCUGCGGUAUGGAGAGCGUGGAGCGCUAUUGCAUCGUCAGUCACCUUCAGGAUGUUAAAAAAUGUUUUGACUGUGACUCACGGACACCGUACCAGAAGGGCUUGAACACGUACAGCCACCGAAUCGAGAACAUUGUCACCACCUUCCAAGGAGCUGAUCGUAAGAAGAUGUGGUGGCAGUCGGCCAACGGACAGCAGACAGUCUCCGUACGCUUCGACCUGGAAGCUAUUUUUCACUUCACACAUCUUAUUAUGACCUUUAAGACCUUCAGACCCCGGGCUCUCGUGAUUGAACGCUCGGCUGAUUUCGGAAGGACUUGGAGUGUCUAUCGGUACUUUGCGUACGACUGUGAGGAGUCCUUCCCUGGUAUCUCGCAGGGCCCUCUGUACAAUAUCAAUGAUGUCAUCUGUGAGAGUCGGUACUCCGCUGUAGAACCUUCAACUGAGGGAGAGGUCAUCUUCCGCGUUCUCCCACCAAACAUCCGCAUUGACAAUCCAUACAGCAACGACGUGCAAGACAUGAUCAAGAUCACCAAUCUGCGCAUCAACUUCACAGAGCUUCACACUCUAGGGGACAUCGAGCUGGAUAAUCGGCAAGAGAUACGAGAGAAAUAUUACUACGCCAUGUAUGAUAUGGUGGUGAGAGGAAGUUGCCAUUGUUAUGGACACGCUACUAGCUGUGUACCGGCUGAGGGAGUUACCUUCAAGGAAGGCAUGGUCCAAGGAAAGUGCCUGUGUGGUCACAACACUGAAGGCAACAACUGCGAGAGAUGUCAGGAAUUUUACAACGACCAACCCUGGAGACCUGCUACACACAACCAACCCAACGAAUGUAAAAGAUGUAACUGCAACAGUCACACCAAUCGUUGCCAUUUUGACCAGGCAGUCUUUGAGAUCACUAAUGGUGCUAGCGGAGGGGUAUGUGAUGACUGCCAGCAUAACACCAUGGGUAGAAACUGCGAGCAGUGCAAGCCAUUCUUCUACAUGAAUCCAGACAGAGAUAUCCGAGAUCCCAACAUAUGCGUCCCAUGCGACUGUGACCCAUACGGCUCUGAAAAUGGCGGAGAAUGUGAAAGCCACACCGACCCAUCUAAUAAUCUGAUUGCUGGCCGCUGCAUGUGCAAACGAUUUACCACAGGAGUAAGAUGUGACAUUUGUCAAGAUGGCUACUGGAAUCUAAGAUCUGAAAACCCUGAUGGUUGUCAAGCCUGUACAUGCAACACUCUAGGUACUGAGGGUAACCGAGGCUGUAACAAACAAACUGGUAACUGUGUAUGUAAACGUUACGUCACCGGCAGAAACUGUGACCAGUGUUACGAAGGCUACUAUGGGCUGAGUGAGGAACCAUACGGCUGCAAUUACUGUAAUUGCGAUCCUGGUGGCUCAUAUAACAGCAGCUGUAACCGAGAUUCUGGCCAAUGCUACUGCCGUCCACACAUUAGCGGCAGACAGUGCAACCAAGUAGAGUCUGGAUAUUUCUAUUCCUUCAUGGAUUACUUCUUGUACGAGGCUGAGUUGUCGCGAGUCCUGACACCAUCGUUGGUGAUGGUUGAGACCAGAGUGCGUGAUGACAGCUCUUACAUCAGCUGGACUGGUUCUGGAUUUCUACGCAUCACAGAGGGAGGUCAGAUUCAGAUCAUUGUUGACAACAUCCCAGUAUCUGGAGAUUAUGAAAUAGUUCUACGCUAUGAACCAUUGGUUGCUGGAGCAUGGGAGGAUGUCCGAGUAAGUCUGACCCGUCAAGGCAAUAUCCCAACUCAGAGUGUUUGUGGCAAUACCAUCCCACAAGACGACCUCUUAGCGACCAGUCUACCCUCUGGAAACAGGCACCGUUUGCUUGCAUCAACAUUCUGUCUUGAGAGAGGUAAAGUGUACACCAUCGACGUUGACUUCAAUAGCUUUGGAGGAGGAGGUGGAGGAGGAGGCCAGAAUGUUAACACAGACAUCCUACUGGACUCUUUUGUGCUGAUUCCACGGAUCACCAACUUCAACAUGUUCAGUGGAUCUGACAGUAUUAAACAGAACCGUCGUGACCAGUGGGAGUAUUAUCGCUGUGGAGAGGCCCACGUCUCCGCUAUCCAUGCUCCACUCUCUGAUAUCUGUAGAGAGCUCAUGUUUAGUAUGUCUGCUAUGAUGUUUGAUGGUGCAGUGGAUUGUGAAUGUGAUCCCAUUGGUUCCAUCAGUUCAAUCUGUGAUGAAUUUGGUGGGCAGUGUGAAUGCAGACCAAAUGUUAUCGGUCGUCGUUGUGACCAGUGUGCUCCAGGAACAUAUGGCUUCGGACCCAGUGGAUGCUCUGUGUGUGAAUGUGAUUCACGCGGCUCUCUUGAUGGUUUCUGUGACCCAAUCAACGGACAGUGUUCCUGUAUACCUAAUACCUACGGCCGGGCCUGUGAUCUGUGCGCACCAGGCUUCUGGAACUUCCCCAACUGCAUUCGCUGCGAUUGCAACUACCACGCCCCAACAUGUGACAGCAGGACUGGAGAGUGUAUCGAAUGCCAAGACGCUACAAUGGGACCUAACUGUGAGAGGUGCCAGGAUGGAUUCUACGGUGAGCCAACUAUUGAAGCUAAUCUUCCCUGUCAGCCAUGCAUGUGUCCAGGAGGUGAAGGAAGUGGUCAUCAGUUUGCUGAUACAUGCUACAUUGAUCAGAGCAUUCAAACUGUAGUGUGUAUCUGUGAAGAAGGAUAUACUGGUAUUCGUUGUGAUCAAUGCGACAAUAACUACUUUGGUUAUCCCUCGGUACCCGGCGGUAGAUGUAGCCUGUGUAAUUGCAACGGUAACACUAACCCCUUGACACCUGGUAACUGUGACGCUACCACCGGGGAGUGUAGACUAUGUCUCUAUGACACUGGUGGCUUUAGCUGUGAUGAGUGUGCGCCUAACUUCUAUGGAGACGCUCUCCUCAGGAAUUGCAGAUCUUGCCAGUGUAACAUCCUUGGAACUGACCUAAGCGUCUGUGACUUGAACAACAACUGUGGGAUCUGCAAUCGGGAGAGCGGGGAGUGCCCGUGCCACCCCAAUGUUCUUGGCCGUACCUGUGACCAGUGUGCUCCUGAUCAUUGGAAGCUUGCCAGUGGGGCUGGAUGUGAGGCUUGCGACUGCUGUGUCUAUGGAUCUCUGCGCUCACAAUGCAAUGAGUUCACUGGGCAGUGUGAAUGUAGAGCUGGAUUUGGCGGCCGUACCUGCUGUGAAUGUGAAAGCCUCUUCUUUGGAGAUCCCCUGGAGGGAUGUGAACGAUGUGAAUGUGACCCCCAGGGAUCUGAGUCCAUGCAGUGCAACAAUGACGGAACCUGUAACUGCCGCCCUGGUGUGACUGGAAGGAACUGUGAUUCCUGCGCUUACGGAACAACAGGGGAAGUGCCUAACUGUGAACCGUGCGGGGAAUGCUUUGAUGAUUGGGAUGCUAUCAUUGAAGACCUUAGAAGGCAAACGAAAGAACUUAUUGCACGUGCUAACAACAUCACAGUUAUCCUACCACCGAGCUUAUAUGAAGAGGAGUUUAAAAGGAUUAAUAUGAAACUUAGCGAAGUACAAGAUUUGCUGACUGGACCCAGCGUAACAAUGGACGAUCUCAACACCCUGCUGGACAAUAUCGCCCAAAUACGUGCUGAUUUGGAAGACUACGACAAGAAACUGGACACUGUGGACAAAGACCUUCAGGACACCCAGGUUGAGAACUUCCAAGCAACGGAGGAAUUGAAGCGCCUCCAACGUGAAGCCCAGGCGUUAGAAGAAGAAGCAGAGAGAUUGAAGGCAGCGGUAGUCAAUUAUACAGAUGGCAACAUUGAAGGUGCAAACAAAAGUAUUCAUGAGAGUCGUAUCAAGUCUCAGGCUGCACAGGAUAAGGUGGAUGGAGCCGUGGGAUUGGUGGAUCAGUCUGAAGGAAUCAGGGCAGAGGUAGAAAGCAUCAUCAGACAGCGUGAACGAGACCUCGCUCAGAAACAACAACAAUAUCAAGAUGAACUACAACAGGUUGAUAAUCAACUAACUGGGCUGGAGGCAAGAUUGGGAGAAUUAAACCAGCAGGUCUGUGGAGGUAGUGGUGAGACCUGUAAUGCAGGUUGUGGUGGUGCUGGGUGUGGAUACUGCGGAGGUCUCGGCUGUUCAGGAUCUAUCUCGGUAUCAGACGAAGCUUUGAACCGAGCAUCUCAGGCUAAUGAUAGAUUCAUGCAGAAGAAAGAACAGGCAGACGGCAUGCUCACUGACAUGGAAGGUGUGCAUGCACAGACCAUGGAUGCCUUAGACCUGGCUAAGAUGGCAUACGAUGCUGCACUUAUGGCUCGGGAUGAGGCUGAAGGAGCACAGACUAAUCUUACCGGUCUGCUCCAAGCUAUUACUGACUUCAUUGAGAAGAAGAAGGUUACUCCAGCUGAGAUCCAACAGGUCGCUCAGAUGGCGCUAGAAACUCGCAUCUCACUCACACCAGAAGAAAUCAGAGAUCUGGCCAAGCAGAUUGAGGACACUGUAGCCACUCUAGAGAACAUUGAUAAGAUCCUAGAAGACACCACCGAUGACUUGAAGAAUGUCCUAGCCCUCAAGGAUAGAGCUGACAAGGCAAGAGAGUUUGCUGAUGAGGUUCUAGCUUCAGCGGAAACUGUUGUAGCUGCAUUGGAUGAGGCAGAGGUAGCUCAGCAAACCGCUAUGGAGGCCAUUGAUGAAGCUACUGGCAAUAUUAAUGACGCUAAUGAUAACCUUGUUCAGAUUGAGUCUGAAGCGGAGGCAGCUAUUGACAAGACUGGUCAGAUUGAGGUUAAGCUGGAUCAGAUGGAGGCUCAACUUGUUAGGGUCCAGGGCAAGUUCACUGAUAAUGAGGAAAACAUCCGAGAAGCAAUGGACUUUGCUAAUAUGGCUGAUGCCGAUGCUGACAAGGCCUUGGAGGCUGUGGCUGAGCUAGAUGUCAAGUUUAACCAGACCUUUGACCAAGCCAUGAGUAAAGCGAUGGAAGCGAGUAACGCUCGAACCAAAGCAGAAGGUCUCAAGGAUGAAGCCGUUGCCUUCCAGCAGAAGGUUACUGAGCAACUCAACAAUCUUAAAAGGAUGCAAGGUGUUUUUAAUCAGAACGAGGCAACAAUGACAGACCUAUCAGAUGAGAUCAACUUGCUGAAUAUGAGAAUGAUGGAUCUUUUGGCUAAUAUUCAGACUAAAGCUGAGUAUUACCGAACCUGCCAGGGAAACUAAGUUAGCGCUUAGAAUGGGCGUGGCGUCCUCACAAUAACCUCAAGAUAGGGUUUUCGAUCAUUCUAACCACAACCUCAUUUGUUCUUUUAUUAUCAACCAUCAAACUUUGCACACUGCUAUUUGUCAGUGAGCAAUUUCUGGCUAAGUCAAACCCUUGUUUUACAGUGGAUGACUUGUGAAUACAAAACCUGUUCAGUGAAGCCAUUGUUUUAUUGUUCUGUCAUGUAGUCCCACGUGAUCUCAAAAAUUUAUCUGCCAUGGAAAACUGGUCUGUGUUGUUGGCCUUUUCCCUGAAGUUGCAUGUUUGUUCAUUGGUUCCAAGGCUUCAUCACUCAUGUUGAGCUGUUGUUCAUUACAGUCACUCUUGAGUCAUAGCAUAGCUUAUUGACCAUCCAUGUUGACUCUUGAGUCAUAGCAUAGCUUAUUGAUCAUUCAUGUUGACUCUUGAGUCAUAGUAUAGCUUAUUGAUCAUUCAUGUUGACUCUUGAGUCAUAGUAUAGCUUAUUGAUCAUUCAUGUUGACUCUUGAGUCAUAGUAUAGCUUAUUGAUCAUCCAUGUUGACUCUUGAGUCAUAGCAUAGCUUAUUGACCAUCCAUGUUGACUCUUGAGUCAUAGCAUAGCUUAUUGAUCAUCCAUGUUGACUCUUGAGUCAUAGUAUAGCUUAUUGACCAUCCAUGUUGACUCUUGAGUCAUAGUAUAGCUUAUUGACCAUCCAUGUUGACUCUUGAGUCAUAGUAUAGCUUAUUGAUCAUCCAUGUUGACUCUUGAGUCAUAGUAUAGCUUAUUGAUCAUCCAUGUUGACUCUUGAGUCAUAGUAUAGCUUAUUGAUCAUCCAUGUUGACUCUUGAGUCAUAGCAUCGCUUAUUGAUCAUUCAUGUUGACUCUUGAGUCAUAGUAUAGCUUAUUGAUCAUCCAUGUUGACUCUUGAGUCAUAGUAUAGCUUAUUGACCAUCCAUGUUGACUCUUGAGUCAUAGUAUAGCUUAUUGACCAUCCAUGUUGACUCUUGAGUCAUAGUAUAGCUUAUUGAUCAUCCAUGUUGACCCUUGAGUCAUAGUAUAGCUUAUUGAUCAUCCAUGUUGACUCUUGAGUCAUAGUAUAGCUUAUUGAUCAUUCAUGUUGACUCUUGAGUCAUAGUAUAGCUUAUUGAUCAUCCAUGUUGACUCUUGAGUCAUAGUAUAGCUUAUUGAUCAUCCAUGUUGACUCUUGGGUCAUAGUAUAGCUUAUUGAUCAUCCAUGUUGACUCUUGAGUCAUAGUAUAGCUUAUUGAUCAUUCAUGUUGACUCUUGAGUCAUAGUAUAGCUUAUUGAUCAUCCAUGUUGACUCUUGAGUCAUAGUAUAGCUUAUUGAUCAUCCAUGUUGACUCUUGAGUCAUAGUAUAGCUUAUUGAUCAUUCAUGUUGACUCUUGAGUCAUAGUAUAGCUUAUUGAUCAUCCAUGUUGACUCUUGAGUCAUAGUAUAGCUUAUUGAUCAUCCAUGUUGACUCUUGAGUCAUAGUAUAGCUUAUUGACCAUCCAUGUUGACUCUUGAGUCAUAGUAUAGCUUAUUGAUCAUCCAUGUUGACUCUUGAGUCAUAGUAUAGCUUAUUGAUCAUCCAUGUUGACUCUUGAGUCAUAGUAUAGCUUAUUGAUCAUCCAUGUUGACUCUUGAGUCAUAGUAUAGCUUAUUGAUCAUCCAUGUUGACUCUUGAGUCAUAGUAUAGCUUAUUGAUCAUCCAUGUUGACUCUUGAGUCAUAGUAUAGCUUAUUGAUCAUCCAUGUUGAUAGUUUCCUCAGCUUCACCAUGAUUGUUUCUGAAGAGAGCAUCACCAUCAAGUAAAAUAAGCAGCAUCUAUGUAAAAAUAGUAACAAUUUUAAAAGUGAAUGUGCUGCAGAGCUAAAAAUGGCUGCUGUUAUAGUUUGUCAGCAAAGCUCACACUUUCAAAAAGAAAACAAAAACAAAAAACACUGCCUUUAAAAAAAAAGCAUUUCUAUUGUUGUGUUCUUUGAAUUCAAUCAUUUUAAAGAAAUAUCCGGCAAAAUUAUUAAUUAAAACAAAUUAUAACACUAGUGGUUUGUAAGUGAUCUAGUUUUCUACUUUUUGUACUGAAUCUGUGUUUGUGGUAUUUAUAUAACCAGUUGUAGUUUUGAUUUAUUAUUAAUGAUAUGUGGAGAGAAAAACCUUUUGUCAUCAACAAAAUCUUGAGAGAAUUUUCCUGGGAAAAGUGAAACAAGAAAGAAAGCUGUAAGGCUGAAAACUUAACUGGCAGUAUUUAUAGUUGAUAUUUCCUCUGUAUUUUUAUAGAGUUAUUGUGUAGUACUAUUUUGUAUGUAAUUUGAGGGAUUUUUAACACAGAAAGUGUCCGAUAGAACCGUAUUUGAUGGUAUCGAACUUUUCAUGCAUGAGCAGUUUAUAAAGCAUUUAAAAAACCAGUUGUGUUUAAUACUGAUUCACACAUGUGUGGGAUGACUUCACAUACUUACUACAUUCACAGGAUCUCAUUUUGUUGUUAGCUUUAAAUUGUUGGAAUGGGUCAAUCACAUCCAAAGAUCAAAACAAAUAAAUAAACAAAGCAACUAACUGUAAACUGUGUUUUAGAGAAGGUAAAUGUCAGAUAGAGAGGCAGUAGACUUGGAACUAUUUCGUUGUGUUGCCUCUUUUGUGGAUACAUGUAGGUAGUCCUUAAUUGACUCAAUGGACAACUGGAAUUGAGUAUUUCAUAGUGUGUAUUUAAUGUGAACAAACCAAGCAAGCAGCGCACAGUAUGCGUUGACAAGCAUAGUGGCUUCAUAGUGAUUUUCUGUUGAUGUUGAAGAAGCCACACUUGACCAAGUACACUGGGCGUGGUUGCUUGGUUUGGUUACAUUUUAUACCAACUGUCAUCAUGGUGAAAUCCUUGUGCGCCCAGCGUACCGGUGAUGCUUAGUGGCUACAUUUUGUUCAUUUUUUUAAUUGUACCCACUAAGAGUGAUGUGACUUUGGUCAUCACAUGGCUAAUGACAACACAGUUGAAAGCCAGCCAUCUUUACAAACAAUGAUACGUGAUUGUUUUUAAUGCACCACUAUGUGGUUUAAAAAAAAAUACCUUUUGUGGCAUGCAGUAGUUGUAUCAAUACAUGAUUAGUUGGUGAGCCACUUUGCUGCGUACCAAGACUAUGCGCGGCCCAGGUCCAGAACCAAACUUGCCGGUACAGAUUGCAACUAUCGAGAUUUAACCAGUCAAAGCGUUUGGUGCCUUGAGACAAAACCAAAUAAACACUGUCUGUAGGAUUCCUUAUAGAUGCUUCUCAUUUCAUCUUAACCUUCUUCAUGUGUCACUUUAUUACUCUUGUAAGACAGUGUGAUUUCAUCCCAUAGUAACCUUUGUAAAAUAUAAUUUAACCAUUUAAGUUUAAACAAAAUCAGUCAACAUGUGUAAUCAAUUUUUUUUUUUUUUUUAACAAGGUGCUCUAGAAUCUAUUAUGCUUUCAUUAGGGAAACUGAUCUGGUGCUAUUUAGCAAAUUGUGAUUCAUUUAUUCAAGUGUGUUAAAACAUUAUUGUGUAUUGUAGAUCAAGUAAAACAUAUUUAAGCUCUGGCCCUUAUUAAGCAGGUCUGACCUGAUCAGAAGAAACCACAGUUCAUGGAUGAAGAUGAAGACUUAUUUUGAAUGAAAUUUGUAUUUUAUAAACUCUUUGUUUAGCUCGGAGCUGAUUUUUGUAUUGCCCUUUACAAAAUUUGUAUUUGUGAAGCCACAACAUUUGAUCGCAGAGUUACUUUAUUAUUUUAGCUCAUAAUAAAUCAUGAAUAAAAUUCAUCCAAGAGUUGACAUUAUUUGUCAAACUACCAAUGUUGUUCCUUCCCUUUUACCACUAGGCUUCAUAAUCAUGUUUGAUUAAUUUCUGGUCUUUUUUGCCAGUUUCAGGGACUUUUAUGUGAGACAUUGUUAUGCAUUUCAAUACCCUUUUGAACAAUUACCAAGUUUGUUUUGUUACCAUGGUAAUCUUAGCUGAACCAAUCAUGGAGUUUGCUUCCAUUGCAUCAUCCCACACACCUUUUGUACAAACUUCUUUUCAGUUUUUUUAACAACUUGUAAGAUUUGGCAAUGUUUGUGUGUCUUUUUUAUAUUUAUAUGGUGCAGGGGGUUAAUAUGCUGUGGUUUUUAUAAAACUUUGUAAAGAUUAGUUUUCCAUGUGUACAAGAAACACCCGUAGUGGUUCAUAAAAGCCCAAAGUAAAUUAAAAGUGUUUUAUUGGACUGUAGUUUGUUUUUGUAUGUAUGGCUGCUUUAUAUCACCCUAUUAUAAUAGUAAGCUCAUUUCACACUGCAGAGCUAAUUCCCAGGGAAUAAAACCCCAGGAAAAGACUGGGGUCCGGUUGGCGUUGUGGUAUCUUUCCUAACAAUCCACCUGUAGGACCACUGUUGGAUCCGGCUGGUGGCACUGUGUGGACUGGGUUUUCAGUCCCUACCUGAUUGUGGGUUUGGCCCUGGAAUAAAUAGUCUUCUCUCCCUGGGGCUCUUGGCUGAUAUAUUUAUUAAGUUUGCUUUUCUGAGAAACCAAUACUUUCAUGUUCAUUUUACACUCAGAAUGCUCUCCCCGUGAUUAUUUCGCUUAACCCUCAUCCAAGCAGAGGUAACUGUUGACACCUAACGUAAUACCACUGGGAGUUUCCUAGAGUUACCAAUAUCCAAGCUUUAACUUAGGUCAUCCAAAGUUGCUUUCCAGUGACAUUAUUGUCUGAUGUGAAAGUGUGUUAAAACCAAAGGUCCACACAAAAAGCAGCUCCUCAUUUCUUAGGGCAGCCAAGUUCAAAACUAGCUUAGCAAUGUUAUGAGUUAGUAAGUAGAAAGAACAAGUCACCAGCCAAAAUGCCCGUAAGUAAAAAUUGCUCGUCCCCUGGUGCCCUGAUGUUAUUUGCUAAGACAAAGCAUUGUUUACAGCAUAUCUACAAAAUCAGACCCAAUCUUGUGAACAAACGGCAGCGGGAAAAACAACCAAAUUACACUUGUAAUAGAACCUUUUUCAUGUGUGGCUGCAAUUCAUGCCAGUUGCUUGUAUGACUCCAAUACCGUGUAGGUCUAUUUUAAGUAGCAUAUCGACUAGAUAAUUAUUAAUAUUUGUUAAUAUAUUGAGGAUUUUGAUGAAGCAUUCUGUUUUGUUUGUUAAUUAUUUACUAGAAUUUUGUAAACUCAAUUUUAAUUCUAGAUUAGUGCAUGUAGGCGAAUUUCGUGAUUCAAUAACAGUAACCCGUCAUGACAGACGUCUGUGUCUCAAACUUAACACUCAGCCCCUUUCAUUUGUCAAUUUUUUUUUUAAAAUGCCGACGAGAAAUUUCAUUUUAAGUGCUUUAUUAUUAACAUAUAAAAAAAAAAAACUAAAGUUAAAUACUUAAUAAAAGAUGUUCAGCCCCACU